AUGAAAUUUGUCGCCGCUGACAGAUGCAAUUCACAGUUCGGCAGCGUCGAGUUCUCGCAUCAGAAGAGCGAGGACGACGAGUCGUCGGACAAUUCACCGAAACCCUCUCUGCUCGACUCUGCCGCUGUGGAAUCUCUCUCGCGUCGUGACAGAGGGCGUGAGCGUGCGAGCGAGAACUUUAUCCGCUUGACUGACUCAAGCCGCAUCGUAUCGUUUCGAGGACCCACGUUAGCCCACCCGUCGAAUCCUGUUCGCAUCUCCGACCACCUCUUGAACACGCCAAGUUGCGUCCCUGGUCCUGCGCUGCUGUAUCGCCACAGCGCAGUCACUCGUCAGACACUAUCGGCUUGCACAACGCACAUGCUGAAUGGGAACCACAGCGACGAUUCCAUCGAGCCCGCCACUCCUCCCAAGAACCGUUCGGUAGGAGCUCCGCCACCACGCAUACUGUGCCUCGACUCUAGCCCCGUGAUCAACUCGCCGGCUCGCACGAUCUAUCCCUCGACCAUGCCCGAUCACACCUUUCGUUCUGCCAUGGGCUCCGGCAGUGCUUCUUCUAUGAGUCGCACCACCUUUACCUCUCAGCCCAAGCAGCACGCAAACUGCAACUCCCACGCCAGCUCGAGCAAGAGCAACGGCUCCACGUUUGGUUCCAGCCUCGAUCAAUACAGAUUCGGUGCCAACAAUAACAAGCGGCAUACAAGCGGAUCCGACAAGAGCUCCGAUCUCAGCGAGCCAGAGUCAUCUGCCGGGGAGGAACGCAAGCCAAAGAAGCGACGCCUUGUGCGUGGCGGCGCAACCCGCUCUCAGUCACGCGAUCCGUCCGAGGAGCCAGCCAGCAAACCUCUCAAACAGCAGUCGAAUAGUCGGCCAGCUAAGCAUGAACUGGAUGACGAUGACGACAGUGUACAAGAGAUCCCUCCACCUCCCGCGCGGCAACCUUCCACCACGUCGAUGGCCCCGUCUCGCCCUGCAACCACCCCCUCCACAAGCAACGGCCUUCCUGCACCACUCUCUGACGAAGAGCUCAGAGAAAAGGCGCGUACGAUCAUUAAGGAACGGCCUCUGCUCGAGCCCAAGCGCGUCAUUGCAGCUUUGCGCCAGACUCGGGGUGACAUCCCGAGAGCUGUACACUUGCUCACAAACAGACCGAGCGUAGUCACCACAAAGACCGUCAGCCUCAAGCCCACCAGCAACGGCAUUCAGCGAUCCAGCCCCGCCACCCUCGCAAGCCGACCAGCACAGAACGGUGUCAAGCAGUCCAUUUCGAGCAAUCCAAGCUCUAGAGCCUCGACGCCUUCCAUGUCGCGUGCGCCUUCGCAGUCGACAGCAUCGCAGCCAGUCCCCGUCAAGAAAACUCCACGCGAGACCGUCGAGAUCAGCUCGGACGACGACGAUUCCGACGGUCAAGACCGCGAAGAGAAGGAGGAACGUGCCGCCGUCAAGUGGUUCAACACGGCCGAUGCCAGCGCGCUCAUGGACACCACCAAUUGCAACGCCCAGCAGGCCGAGACCAUCAUCGCACUGCGUCCGUUCGACGACGCCGAAGACAUCGAGGAGAAACUCGGAAGCAAGUCAGCCAAGGGUGUCACUCCGAGGCUCUUCCAUCAAUGCAAAGAUCUCAUGGCCGGCUAUUACGAGGUGGACGAGGUGCUGGCUAGAUGCGAGAAGAUCGGUCGCGAGCUCAGCGACGCCAUGGCUUCGUGGAUGCCCGAUGCCAGUCAAACGGCGUCCAGGCUCGCCUCGCCCGCCCUCGCCGCUUCCUCGGUCAAUGCUUCGGUCGCAGGCUCGCGUGAGGGAACGCCUUCCAGCACGCUCAACCUUUCGUUUAUCAAGAAAGGCGGUUCCUCCAACGACAAAUUCUACCUCGAAGAGCAACCUAAGCUGCUAGCAGAGGGCGUCAAGCUCAAGGACUACCAGCUGGUCGGCGUCAAUUGGCUCCACCUCCUCUACCGCAAAAAGACAAGUUGCAUCCUCGCCGACGAGAUGGGUCUCGGCAAGACCGCACAGGUCAUCGCCUUCUUCGCUCAGCUCAAAGACAUGGGCAUUCGCGGUCCGCAUCUCGUCGUCGCGCCCAGCUCGGUGCUCGAGAACUGGGAUCGCGAGUUUCGCUUCUUUGCACCCUCCAUCAACGUCCGCAAGUACUACGGCAGCCAGAAGGACCGCGUCGAGCUUCGCGAGGAGCUCGCUGAGGAUCCCGACCUCGAGGUCAUCCUCACCACCUACGAGAUGGCAGCGGGAGCACCGCAGGAUCACAGCUUCCUGCGCAAGUUUGGACGUCGUGGCUGCGGUCGCAACGAAUGCAAGCCGGGCUGCGACGAACAGGGAUGUCGAACAGGUGGAUUCGAAGUGUGCGUCUUCGACGAAGGUCACAUGCUCAAGAACCGCAAGUCGCAAAAGUACGAGAAGCUGCUCAAGCUCAAAACGCGCUGGCGUCUGCUCCUCACGGGCACGCCGCUGCAGAACAACCUGCAAGAGUUGGUGUCGCUGCUCAACUUUAUCAUGCCCGAAUACUUUUCCGACGCCGAAGAGGCGCUCGCCGCCAUCUUCAAGGUGAAAGCGGGUGGUCAGCAGAAUCAGCUCUCGAAGCAACGUGUCGAUCGGGCCAAGAAGAUGAUGCAUCCGUUUGUGCUUCGACGUCUCAAGGAUAAGGUGCUGACUGACCUCACUACGAAGACGACGCGCGUCGAGUACUGCGAUAUGACGCCGGUGCAGCGCAAGAUCUACGCCGAGGCUGUGGCCAAGACCAAACGCGUGGCUGCUGCCGAAGCUGAAGCUCAGGUUGCGACGACACGCAAAAAGGCGGCAGCGACGAGCUCGAACAAGGAGAGUGGACACGUGCUCAUGGAGCUGCGCAAAGCGGCUAACCAUCCUCUCUUGUCGCGAAGACUGUUCGACGAGGCCAAGAUCGACGCCAUGGCAAGAGACCUUAUGAAGGAACCCGACUACGCCGACUACAACUUCGAACACGUCAAGGAAGAUCUUCGCAUCAACACGGACGCACAGCUCUCCUUUUCCGCACAAACCUACCCUGCCACCCGCAAGCAUGUCCUUCCCGCAGCCGAAUGGAUGAAGUCCGGCAAGGUGCAGGCACUGCAACGACUCAUCCCCGAGAUCCAAGCCAAGGGCGAUCGCAUCCUCAUCUUCAGCCAAUUCACCAUGGUGCUCGACAUCCUCUGCGUCUGUCUCGAGCACAUGGGUGUCAAGUACGUCGGCUUUACAGGAUCAACGCAGGUGGAAGAUCGACAGGUGUUGGUGGAUCAGUUCACCAACGAUCCUUCCAUCACGGUGUUUCUGCUCUCGACCAAAGCGGGUGGGUUGGGAAUCAAUCUGAUCGCCGCCAACUGGGUGAUCCUGUUCGAUCAAGACUUCAACCCGCACAACGACAAGCAGGCCGCAGACCGGUCGUACCGUAUGGGUCAGACGAAACCCGUCACCGUGGUCAAAUUGCUCAGUCGCGGAACCAUCGAUGAAGACAUCCAUGCGUUGGGAGAACGUAAGUUGGAGUUGGCAGAUCGUGUCUCCGGAGAGGACGAUACAGAAUCGGACGAGGCGGAGCAGAAGAAGGUCGCUCAAACGUUGUUGUCGAGGCUGCGUGACGCUGCUUCUCCCAGCAUCCACGAGAUCAGCGACGACGAUGAAGAUGAGUCAAAGUAG